CUUACACUUUCUGAUGAAUACAUGGUACAAAUAAUUUUUUUCCCUUUCUUGCUCCUUUCUUCCUUUCAGAUUAUUCCUUGACUAGUGCAGACCUGUCAGCCCUGCAGGGUUUUAACUCCCCAGGAAUGCUGUCAUUAGGACAAGUAUCUGCCUGGCAACAGCAUCAUCUAGGACAAGCAGCCCUCAGCUCCCUUGUGACUGGAAGCCAGUUAUCUCAGGGUUCCAACUUAUCUAUUAACACCAACCAAAACAUUAACAUCAAGUCCGAGCCAAUUUCGCCUCCUCGAGACCGGGUGACCCCAUCCGCGUUCCCCCAGCAGCAGCAGCAGCAGCAACAACAGCAGCAACCUCAGCAACAAUCACGUCAGGAAAUGGGCCGCUCUCCCGUCGACAGUCUCAGUAGCUCCAGCAGUUCGUACGAUGGCAGCGACCGGGAGGACCCGAGGAGUGACUUCCACUCGCCGGUUGGACUGGGAAGGCCCCCAAUUCAGAAGACAGAGAGAGCCCGACCGUAAAGCGGAUGAGAAUGGAUACUUGGGUGACAUAAGCUUCCCAUUCUCCCUUUCUCCCUUCCGUUUCUACUUUUGAGUUAUCCCAAUGGACAGUCCUGACAUAUCUAAAUUUAUAAAUAAGGACAUGAAAGAAAUAUUUAUAUGUAUAUACAUACAUGCAUAUAUAUAAAUAUAUAUAUCUUUGUAUACAUAUACAUGUGUGAGUGUGUGAAGCAAGGCACACAUACUCUCUCUUUCUCUCCCUCACACACAAAAUCAGCAGGCACUUAAAUACCAACUCCUCCUAUAGCUGCAGAUGCCCCGUGGUUUUUAAAACACAGUAUAACAGAAAAGAACCCUUCCUAGGUAUUGGUCUAGUCUGGCACUUAACCUGGACUUUGCUCCUUGAAUAAUGUAACCUGUUUGCAAAAUAAAUGUCGUACCCGUAUGUAAUCUACCAAACUAGAUGGCCGAGGCGUGAGGGCUCGCCUGUAGUCGUGUUCCUGUGUGUGUGUGUUUUCCAACAGCCGUACUGUCCCCUGUAGUUAAGAGUACGCUUUGUAGCAGCAGAGCCGUAGAAAAAGAAAGCAAUACUGUACAUAGAAUGACCUUUAUAU